AUGUCUAUGCAAGACUCUGAUCCAGAUAAAUUCAUUAAAUUGGCAAGUAACUAUAAAUACUACAUCGAUUUAUAUAAAGCAUUAUAUCAACUGAAAACGGAAAAAAUAGAAGAUUUAAGUUCAAUUUACAAAAUGAUCAAAACAGAAUUGAUUGAUUCAAAGAAAUAUCUUCCCCAAAAUAUAAUCAAAGGUAUUUUAGAUAUAGUUCCAUAUAAUAAUCGCUAUGCAAAGUCAUAUUUAUCUCUUGCCAAACUCAUAUCUGAUGAAUAUCAUGUCAAAGAUGUCAGCAAUGUUGAACAUAUUUCAAACUACCUGUUUUAUAAAGAAUAUGGAAUUAAGUUAGAUAAGUCUGAUAAUUUCGAAAAAACUAAAUCAGAAAAUCUCGAUAUUUAUACAAAAAAUACAAUUUACAGAGCAAUUAUGUAUAACUACAAUAAAAGUUUCGUCUACUUCAUUGAAAACGAAAGAUUUGAUGAAACUCAAAAACUUGUAAGCAAAUUUUACCCAGGAUCUGAUGAAGGAUAUUCAUUACUUGAAUUAUGUUGUUACCACGGAUCUGUUGAUUGUUUCAAGUUAUUAAGAACAAAAUAUAACUCAGAAAUAACUCAAACAUGUCUUCAGCUUUCAUUUUUAGGAGGAAAUCCAGAGAUUAUGAGUGAAUGUUUGAAACAUCAAAAACCAAAUAAUGGAUGCAUGAAAUAUGCAAUUAUUUCACACAACAUUGAUUUUGUUACAUUCUUGAUGAGCGAAUACAAUAUAAAGAUCAAUUUAAAAUGUUGUGCAUUAUAUAAUAAUCUUGAAUCAUUUUUUGUUUAUUUAGAUCAAACAAAUGAUAUUAACAAAUGUUUCAUUUAUUCAGCGAUGUUUGAAAUCCCAUCCUUAUGCGAAUAUUUCCUUUCACUUGACACAAAUAUCAAUGAAAAAGAUAAAGAUAGAAAAACUGCCCUUCAUUAUGCAGCAGAGAAUAAUAAUAAAGAAAUAGCCGAGUUUCUUAUUUCACAUGGCGCAAAUAUCUAUGAAAAAAGUAAAUAUGAAAAAACAUCUCUUCAUUAUGCAACAGAGAAUAAUAAUAAAGAAAUGGUCGAGUUUCUUAUUUCACAUGAUGCAAAUAUUAAUGAAAAAGAUGAAAAUGAAAAAACAGCUCUUCAUUAUGCAAUACAUUUUAAUAAUAAAGGAAUAUAUGAAUUUCUUAUUUCACAUGGUGCAAAUAUCAAUGAAAAAUAUAAAGAUAAAAGAACUGCCCUUCAUAUUGCAGCAGAGAAUAAUAGUAAAGAAACAGCCUUAGUUCUUAUUUCACAUGGUGCAAAUAUCAAUGAAAAAGAUAAAAAUGGAAAAACAGCUCUUCAUAUUGCAGCAGAGAAUAAUAGUAAAGAAACAGCCUUAGUUCUUAUUUCACAUGGUGCAAAUAUCAAUGAAAAAGAUAAAAAUGGAAAAACAGCUCUUCAUAUUGCAGCAAAAAAUAAUAGUCUAGAAACAAUCAACCUUCUAAUUUCACAUGGUGCAAAUAUUAAUGAAAAAGAUGAAGAUGGACUAACAUCUCUUCAUAUUGCAACAUUUAAUAAUAUAGAAACCGCCAUAUUUCUUAUUUCACAUGGUGCAAAUAUUAAUGAAAAAGGCAAAUGUGGGUUCACUGCUCUUCAUAUUGCAGCAUAUAAUAAUUGUCUAACAUUCGACAUAUUUCUUAUUUCACAUGGUGCAAAUAUCAAUGAAAAAGAUAAAAAUGGAAAAACAGCUCUUCAUAUUGCAGCAGAGAAUAAUAGUAAAGAAACAGCCUUAGUUCUUAUUUCACAUGGUGCAAAUAUCAAUGAAAAUGGGAAAACAACUUUUUAG